GGAUGCUCAGUCUACCAUCUCGCAGACAUCCUCCGCAACACUCAUGCAUGGCAGCGAAGGCAUGGUGAUACCACCCUUACCAUCAGAAUUCGCCGAUGGAAACCCUUUCGAAUGUCCAUACUGUUUUGUGAUCCUGACCAUUAUGACUCAAGAUACAUGGGCGCGUCAUAUUUUUAAGGACUUGAUGCCUUAAAUUUUGCCUUUCCCUUCAGCUUGUCCUAUUUACCAAUCCUCUCUUGAUACCGAAAAUCAAUUUGAGAAACAUGUGGGCCGACAUUUGGAAGAGCUGACGCUUUUUGCUCUGCCGCAGCUAGCGAGCGAUGAAGAUGAAAGUUCAUCAAUGUCGAUAUCUGUAGAACAGACAAAUACAAAGCCAGCCACUCAAUCAGAAACGAAUGAUGAUUUUCCAAGUGGUCCAGAAUCCCCAGAUGGUUCUGAGCAUGGUCUCAAUGAUGUAUUGUCUUCCCCGAUUCAAUAUGGGCUAUCAACCAGUACAGGGGGCAAAAUGGCCGAUAUGGUCGAGGAAGCCGCGUCAAAUACUCGGUUACAACGAAUAGAAAAUGAAACCACAAGAUCAAAUACAUUGAUCAGAGAACAAAGAAGGAUAACGGCAGGCGAAUCUACUAGACAAACUGCACCUAAGCAGAAGACAAACGAACCAGCCGCAAGAGCAAGCACAGGACCAGAAGCAGAGAGAGCAAACAUAUUGGAAGAAGAAGAACUAAGAGACCGAGAAAAAAAAACAACAAACACGGUAUUAAAGGAAUUAGGAGAAAGGUUAGCAGCGUUGGUACGACUAAGAGAAGCUGCAGAUCCCCCUCCACCAAAAAAAAAGGCCCAUUAAAUCCAAAGAUGCAACUUGAAGGAAGUUUUCUUUUCCUUUUGAUAUAUGCUGUUAUUGGAAGGGCA